AUGCGCUUCACUAUCCCCUUCACCCUCCUCCUCGCCUCUCUGGCCCUCGCGGCUUCUCCUACCGAGGCAGACAACGAUGUUGGGGCCGAUGCGGAACCCGCCCCGGUCGACACCCAGUACUGUCGUAAAGGAUACGACCAGUGCAUCAAUAACUGCCGCCACCAUCACGGAGGUAACAAGUGCUACCGGGCUUGCUGGACCCAUUAUUGCCAGUGA